AUGACUCGCGAUACACUUUCACAGACCCAUCGCCAGAUGUUAACCGGGCAUUUGAAGGAGACGGAUCCUGAAGUUGCCAAGAUCAUCGAGGAUGAAAUCAAUAGACAAAGACACUCGAUUAACCUCAUUGCCUCAGAGAAUUUUACAUCUACUUCAGUUUUUGAUGCACUAGGAUCUCCAAUGUGCAACAAGUACUCUGAAGGUCUGCCCGGCAGAAGAUAUUACGGUGGUAAUGAGAAUAUCGACCGUAUGGAGCUUUUGUGUCAAUCACGUGCCUUGAAAGCGUUCCAUUUGGACCCAGAGAAAUGGGGAGUUAACGUCCAGGCUUUAUCCGGAUCCCCUGCCAAUAUGGAGGUCUACGGUGCCAUUCUGAGACCCCACGAACGUUUGAUGGGUCUUGAUCUUCCUCAUGGAGGUCAUUUGUCCCACGGUUAUCAGACUCCGGCUAGAAAGAUUUCUGCCGUUUCUGUCUACUUUGAGACUAUGCCUUACAGAGUUGAUUUAGCAACCGGUUUGAUCGACUACGAUAUGUUGGAAAAGACUGCUAACUUGUUCAGACCAAAGGUUCUUGUUGCCGGUACCUCUGCAUACUGCCGUUUGAUUGACUACAAGAAAAUGCGUGAGAUUGCUGAUGAAGUCGGUGCAUAUUUGAUGGUUGAUAUGGCCCACAUUUCUGGUUUAAUUGCUGCAGGUGUUAUUCCUUCUCCGUUUGAGUAUGCUGAUAUUGUCACCACCACCACUCACAAAUCACUUAGAGGACCAAGAGGUGCCAUGAUUUUCUUCAGAAAGGGUGUUAGAUCUGUCAAUCCAAAGACUGGAAAAGAGAUCUACUACGAUUUGGAGAACAGAAUCAACUUCUCCGUCUUCCCAGGUCACCAAGGUGGUCCCCACAAUCACACUAUUUCUGCUUUGUGCACUGCUUUGAAACAGGCUGCCACUCCAGAGUUUAAAGAGUAUCAAGAACAAGUUUUGAAGAAUGCCAAGGCUCUUGAGUACGAAUUCAAGAAGUUAGGUUACCACAUGGUUUCCGAUGGUACCGAUUCUCAUAUGGUUUUGGUCUCUUUGAGAGAUAAGGGUAUCGAUGGAGCCAGAGUUGAGGCUGUUUGUGAGAAGAUCAACAUUGCUUUGAACAAAAACUCUAUUCCCGGUGAUAGAUCUGCAAUGGUUCCAGGUGGUGUCAGAAUUGGUGCUCCAGCCAUGACCACGAGAGGUGCCAAUGAGGAGGACUUCAAGAAAAUUGUUGACUACAUUGAUGCAGCAAUCACUUUCGCUAAGAAUGUUCAAAGUAACCUUCCUGCUGAUGGUCACAGAUUGAAAGAUUUCAAGGACAAGAUUGCUGAGCCUUCAGAAGAGUUGACUUCUUUGAAGAAGGAGAUCUUUGACUGGGCUGGUGAAUAUCCACUGUCUGUGUAA